CUGCCUCGGCGGCCGCACGACUGGCGGCGGCCCGGCGAGCUAGCUGCCCGGCUCGGCCUUCCUGCUUCGCUCCGCCGGCUGCUGCUUUCAGCGCCCGUAGCCGCCCGCGUCGGCGCGUUCUGCAGCACCAUGUCGGUGGCCGGGCUAAAGAAGCAGUUUCAUAAAGCCACUCAGAAAGUGAGUGAGAAGGUUGGAGGAGCUGAAGGAACCAAGCUAGAUGAUGACUUCAAGGAGAUGGAGAGGAAAGUGGAUGUCACCAGCAGGGCUGUGAUGGAAAUAAUGACAAAAACAAUUGAAUACCUUCAACCCAAUCCAGCUUCCAGAGCUAAACUCAGCAUGAUCAACACUAUGUCAAAAAUCCGCGGCCAGGAGAAAGGGCCAGGCUAUCCUCAGGCGGAAGCACUGCUCGCGGAGGCCAUGCUCAAGUUUGGAAGGGAGCUCGGGGACGAUUGCAACUUCGGCCCGGCGCUGGGUGAGGUGGGCGAGGCCAUGCGGGAGCUCUCAGAGGUGAAAGACUCUUUGGACAUGGAAGUGAAGCAGAACUUCAUUGACCCCCUUCAGAACCUUCAUGACAAAGACUUGAGGGAAAUCCAGCAUCAUCUAAAGAAAUUGGAGGGUCGACGUCUGGACUUUGAUUAUAAGAAGAAACGACAAGGCAAGAUUCCCGAUGAAGAGCUCCGUCAAGCUCUUGAGAAAUUUGAUGAGUCUAAAGAAAUUGCCGAGUCAAGCAUGUUCAAUCUGUUGGAGAUGGAUAUCGAACAGGUGAGCCAGCUCUCUGCGCUUGUCCAGGCCCAGCUGGAGUACCAUAAGCAGGCAGUCCAGAUCCUGCAGCAAGUCACCGUCAGACUGGAAGAAAGAAUAAGACAAGCUUCAUCUCAGCCUAGAAGGGAAUAUCAGCCUAAACCACGGAUGAGCCUGGAGUUUGCAACUGGAGACAGUACCCAGCCCAAUGGAGGCCUGUCCCACACGAGCACUCCCAAACCUGCAGGUGUCCCAAUGGACCAGCCCUGCUGCCGAGCUCUGUACGACUUUGAACCUGAAAAUGAAGGGGAAUUGGGUUUCAAAGAGGGUGAUAUCAUCACACUCACUAACCAGAUUGAUGAGAACUGGUACGAGGGGAUGCUUCACGGCCAGUCAGGCUUCUUCCCCAUCAAUUAUGUGGAAAUUCUGGUCGCCCUGCCCCAUUAGUCUGUUACGCUGGCUGGCGCACCUCCUCUUGACCCAGAUAGUUACGUUUAACCACUGCUUUGGUAAUGCUGCUUACAACACAUCCCAGAUGCAGGCCGCAGUGGUCCAGGUCAUCCAGCCCCACAGAGUAACUUUGGUUGACUUGUGUGAUCCCACAAGAAUCAUGGUGAUGGGUGGUAUCUUCUCAGCCUGGUGGGCAUGGCAUGUGCUUUUUACACACCAUCUGAGACCAACCAACAGUCAGGGAACUGCUGUUCAUACAGUUCUCAGGAGGCUGUGGCUGCUUAGAGUAAGGACCAUGAGCCACAUCACAGAAAAACCAUCCUCCUGAAGAUAUUAUCUGUCACCCAGGGGCCACCUCCAGGUCUCAGGUUCUCCAUUUAAAGAGGAGAAAGUUUUUGCUUUCACAUUGCCCCUCCCAAAUAUGUGAGUCACAAAAUUGUUGAAGAAAGCCUCCCUCACCAGCAAAUUGUCUUCUGGCCUGAAAGAGUCCUUUGAUGCUAUCAGUAGAAAAGUGUUGAGUGUGGAUUCAAAGCCUUUCCUGAAUACAUUCACCAUUGUUCCUCCUUCCUUAUGCGUUUUUCCUAGGUACAGCCAGUUUUCCUCCCUCCCUGCCAUUAAAACCAGAGGGGACUCUCAUUUUAUUGUCCAAGUAAGACAGUGAGCAGUCAGCAUGUCAUGGGAGGGGCUGACAACAGGGGGUGCUCCGUUAGGCGGGAUUGGGAAGAGAUCUGCCUUCCAAGCUGAAACCUCCUGCUGUAAAGAAACAAUGUGUCCAUUUAGGGCAUUUCCGAAGGUAUAGGGAAGGGGGAACAAAUACUUUCAUUCCAGUUUUAUUUAUGAAUUAUGUGUUUCAUGAAUCCAUUUGGCACAGAGACACAAGGAGAAAACCACUGGAAACCAUUUUUCCACUAGUUCAUAGAGGAAGAAACAGUAAAUACCUUUUCUUUCCGCUUUCACCUUGUGUUCUUUGAACAUCGUUUGUGCAUAUUCUGCCCUCAAUGAGGACCAAAUAAAGAUGAUUUUUGUGCUUAGCAGUUUAAGAGUAUGUGGCUGCAUAUGCAAAACUCUUCCCAAGUCACUCCUUACUUUUAUCUGUCCCUUCUAUUUCAUCUUCAUUUGUGUGUACAGUGCUGUGUGUAAGUUUAUGAGUGUUUUCUUUUGUAUCAGUCAUUAAAGUCCUGUUAAGUUCUAUACAGAGUUCUAUUUAUCUAGCUGUACAGAUUCUUUCAGAGGUUUAAUGUGCUGCUUCGGAUGUGCCACCUGCGGUAGUGGAUCAUGUGGAGUGAAAGGCAAAUCUUACUGCUUAAUGUAUAAACUCUUACCAUGGGAAGCAUCGCUGUUUCCAAUAAAUAUUG